AAAUUUCGAAUCGAUAAUAAAAUUGGUGUCUUCACAGGCAACCAUUAAAAGUUGAUCCCAACGUGUUCAACUGAAAACAUGUUAUUGCGUUUCGACCGAAUUUUAAAUAAUAAUAAAUGUCCAGUGGAAAAGUGUAGUCGAGAUAAUAAAAGAAUUAACUGUCAACCCUCUUGAUCCAGUGUAAAUCUAGUGGCUUUUUUUAGUAAAUUUAAAGAGAAGUUUUUAAGUUAUUCCCAGUCUCAUCAUGCCUAAAGGAAAGAAAAAAGGACGUUCUGAUCGUCACAGAAUUGAUGGUUCAUUACAAACAUCCGACGACGAUUCGUUUCCCAACGACAACAUGAGUGUCGUAAGUAAUUUUUCAGAAAGUUGCAGUGUCGACGACGGAAACAACGACCCAGAGGAUUUUGCUCAGGACCAACUGGAGGAUAAACUAACGGAAAUAAUCGAUGGACUCAGUCAAAAAUCCUCGCAGGGUCGCACCAAUUGUUUCAAAUCAUUUUCAAAAGCUUUAGUAAAGAAAUACAUGCCCAGUUAUAUUAAGGACAGGACUUUCACGUUGAGUGAUUGUAUAGAGAGAAGUCUGAAAAAGGGUGCCGCAGACGAGAAAUGCGCUGCUGCCGAACUGGCCACUGUCAUUUGUGUUCAGUUGGGUACUGACCCAGUGGGAGAGGAUAUAUUUAGGAAUUUGAGACCUAUUUUACUUGCUACUGCUUGUGAUGGGUCUGCUUCUUCAAGGGUUAGAGGACAAUGUUGCUUGGCCUUAGGAAACAUAGCGUUUUUAUCAGGAGGUGACAUAGCUGAAAAUCUAAUUCUCAUGCAGCAGCUUGAAUCAGUGUUUUCCGGUAGUUACCUAAAAGGAGAUGGAUCAGUUCCAAACACAACUCCAGAAGUGGGUGCGAUGCACGCCGCUGCUCUAAACGCUUGGGCUUUACUUUUUACGCUUAUAGUACCUGGUAAUAUUGGUAGUUUGAUGAAUGCCAAAAAUCUUCCAAGUUUGGAUCAAAUAUCAGAUCUGUUAGAAUCGGCUCACUUAGAAGUAAGAAUGGCCGCGGGAGAGGCUUUGGCGUUAGUUUACGAACUAGGUCGUGAGGAAGAUGAAGAUUUCGAAGAGGACUUUGCAGUGGAUUUAAUCGAAACUCUUAAACAGUUGGCUACUGAUUCUCAUAAGUAUCGCGCUAAGAAAGAUCGAAAACAACAGAGGGCCACGUUUAGGGACAUUUUGCUGUUUAUUGAAGAAGACACUGUCCCAGAACUUCGUAUAAAAUUCAACAAAGAAUCACUUGUCUUGGACACCUGGGUAAAAAGGAAGCAAUAUGAUGCCUUAUGCAACAUUUUGGGGCCUAGCAUUAACAAUCACUUGGUUGAAAACGACCUUAUUAAAGAUAUUUUCCAAAUCGAGGAGUCAGAAGUGGAGAAUAGAAUACCCGCUUAUGCACAAAACCAGAUGGAACGAUUUAAAAAGAAAGUCCUUAAUGCGGCGAACGAUAAAGCUCGGACCCUCUCCAGGGCGAAAAACCGAGAUAAACGGUCAGACUUCUAAUUCGAUUCACAUAUUCUUACCCAGUUACAAACUUAUAAUAAUGUAGUACAAUUUUUAUUGUUUGACUUUAUAAAUUUAGAGGGUUCUUUAUAAAUUUGAGUGAUUUAUAGUUAUUUUCUUUAUAAAAUUAAUUUUGAAUUGGUUGAUUUAUUAGAUUAAUAGUUUUCUAUGUUAUAGUGAGUUAAUUGUUUCAAUAAAUUAUAGCCCAGUAA